AUGGCGGUGCGGACCAGUCCGAGGAAGAAGCGGCCGGGAGCAGCCGGGCGAGGAGGGACAAAUCUAGUUGGUGCUCCGUACGCAGAGCAUUCACGUCCAAAGCAUCAUGGUGAAGAGGAGGGAGAAGUGGAGGGUGAUGAUAAUGAUGAGUUACCGGAACUCUCUACGUUGUUGGGAUGCACGGCUCCUCCGACCGAGGAAGGAAGGAAAGGAAGGGAACAGGGAGAGAGGUUGUUAUCACCAAACAAGAAGAAGCAGGGCGGAGUCUCGGCGAAGAUGUCCACGUCUUCAGCCAGCAGGAAAGAAAGUCGAACCAAACAGUUGGUGGAGACAGGCGACAGUAUUUCAGGGCCUCAAUCAACCGCUAUGCUACCAAGAACCAGCAGCUCGAGCUUGGUCCUCGGCGCAACACCCUCCCUCGUACCAACAGCAUCUGCAACCUCAGCGAGCACGACAACGACAACCAUCACCAGCAGCAAGUCGUCAAGGCAAACUAUGCAGCAACGACGGAGGUCCCCAGCAAAGCAAGAGAACACCGUGUCACCUAUCAAGCGAAGCAUUGGUGCGUUUCCACUGCAAGACAAAGACGACGUUGCAUAUCUCGAAUCCCAGUCUUUGAUAUCUGGAUCAAGAGCAGCGCCUGAAGGCCCACCUAAGACCGGCAUCCACGGCGGUGCCAAUAGAAGGAGCAGAGCAUUGAAACUCCAACAUGUGAAUUCGCUCCUCUCACCUCUACGUAGCCUUACGUUAGACUCCAAAGAAGACCACCAAAGCAACCGCAGCACCGGCAGCAACAGCGCAGAGGAAGACAUCUUCCAAAGCAAGCCUUCGAACAGCAAAUGCAGACUGACCUCUGGAAAGGGCCGAGGUCCGGAACCCAGCACUUCAAAGCGCACGCUCAAAGCCAGGGCAGCGAUGUUCGUUCUCAAAGAAGCGGUUUGCAAGGACGACGACGGAGACGACGACGAAGAUCUGGAGAGCGAAGACGACUUCACCGAUCUCAGUGGGUUCAUCGUAGGUGAUGAUGAGGAGAUCAGUUUCCAUGGUUCAGAGACGGACUCGGGUUCUGCAUCGGACCGAGAAUCAGAUGGGCUUGCGAGAGAGAAGUCUCGUGUUAGGAAGAGAUUAAUGCGUGGUGCUAGCCAGACCGGGGGAGAGGAGAGGAGUAAUCUCAGUGAUGCAGUAAGGAGCUUGAGUUUAGAGGAUACUGGGAUGAAUACGAGCACGAGCAAGAAGAAGGAAGACAGUCCAAAAUGUCUUGCUGAUGCCAUUUCGGGAUUGAAUCUCAACGAUGGAGAUCGAGAGCAGCCCAGCUCGAGCCGAUCAAGAAGUCCUGAAAUAGAGGUCAUCGAUCUCACCUCACCCGUCAAACCACAGCUUGCUCCUGAAGUCGACCACCAGAAGAACAACAUGCCGAAACGACGAAGGCCUCUGGAACCGCUGGAUCAGCAACGGCCUCCUCCUCUUCGUCGCCGCCAGCAAGAUCGAUCCAGAUCCUCAGAAUCUGAUGAAAACGCAGCCAACGAGGUUGACGACGCGGCCAUCCUUCGUUUCUCGCCUCCUCCCCGCAACAUCUCACCCUUCAAAAUCAAAGAUAAGAGUCACCGCAUACUCCUUGACAGCAACGACCAAUCCAGCCCCGAUCACAAACUCCUCACCACCCCACCGCAAACACCGCCCGCAUCACCCUCGAAACUGAAAUCACCCACCAAGCUCAACUCGCCGUCGAAAAAGAACCCACUCCUCCUCUCCCCCAGCAAAAGGGGAGCGCAGAUCCCGCAGUCGCCGCACAGACAAUCUAUCGAUGCAUUCUGGUCGAGCGAGGUGAUCAACGAAUGGAACGAUGCGUACUCGCCUGCUAAGCCGCCUUUGACGUUGAGUCCAAGGAAGAGGUGGAAGAUCUUCGACGAGAAGGAGAAGGAGAACGAGAGCGAGGGUGAUAGUGGAAGUGGAAGUGGAAGCGGGAGCGAAUCACCCUCCGAAUCGCCCGCAAGACGGAGAAGAGAGACCGGUAAGAGCCCCACAAAGACCCCUGCAAGAAGUCCGGCCAAGAAAGCGGCGACCGAGGAGAAAACGCUGGCUGUGGCUGCGAAGAGGAAAUUCGAUGCCGAGAAAGAGAAGCUCGCGCACGAUCUGCUCAAAGAGCUAGACGAGCGAGUCGCGGGCGGACAAUUGGCUUGCUUAUCGCACAGCACAGGCGGGGUGAAGAUCAUCUGGAGCAAGAAUCUCAGGAGUACGGCUGGACGGGCGAAUUGGCGAAGAACGGUCGUCACUACAGCGUCACUGAACUCCAGACCGGCCGCCGCGACGGUGGCGGUGGGGGUGGAAAAGGGGGGUGGUGUGAAAGAGGUCCAACAUCACGCCUCGAUCGAGCUGGCCGAGAAAAUCAUCGACAAUGAAGAGCGACUGGUCAAUACCCUGGCGCAUGAGUUUUGCCAUCUCGCCAACUUCAUGGUCAGCGGGGUCCGGGAUCGGCCUCAUGGGGUCGAGUUUAAAUCUUGGGCAGCAAAAGUCACGUCAACAUUCCGCCAUCAUGAACGCGACAUGUACCGCCAGGUCGAAGUGACCACGAAGCACAAUUACCAGAUCCACCACAAAUACCUCUGGGUCUGUGUCGGCACGCCGCCGAACGCAGCCAAGGGCUUUCUGAACCUGCCGCCGGAGGAAGAAGGGUGUGGCGCCGAGUAUGGCCGGCAUUCGAAGAGUAUCGACCCGGCCAAACAUCGCUGCGGGAGGUGUAAGGGCGUUUUGGUGCAGGUUAGGCCCAAGCCGAAGCUGAAGCCGAAGGCUAGGAGGGUUGCUGAGUCGGGUAGGAGGACGGUGGGGAGGAGUCCGUCGGGGAAGGGUCUUGGAUUGGAGAGGCUGGAGCAGGCCAUGGAGUUGGUGAGUAUUGAUGAGGACUGA